UUUCCGGGGGUGGGGAGACUGUGCGCCUUCACCCUCUUUCUGCGAGAUGCCAACUAGAAAUUGUCCAAUUCCUGGCGGGGCACCAGGUCACCUGGCCAGCUAACGGCUCGGAACGGGCGCAGUCCAGGCGGGUUUUACCCAGGACGGGAUGCGUUGGCCGCUGCUGUGGGCGCCCGGGAGGCGGGCGGCCGCUCUGCUGCGUAACCGGGCUGGGCGCCGCUUCUGCAGCGCGGCCCGGGGCACCGACAUGGACGAGGUACUCCGGCGGACGGUCGCGGCCUGCGAGCCCCGGGAGAAGGCGGCGCCGGCGGCGUUGUUCGAGGAGCAGACGCGGGAGUUCGUGCGCUUCUACCGCGGCCUGAGCGCGGAGCAGAGGCCGAGCUUCUUGGCCAAGCUGACGGCCGAGUUCGGCGUGGAGCACGGCCGGGUAGGCGAGCUGUGCGGCCGGCUGGCCGAGGCCCAGGGCCGGGACCUGGGCGCCCUGCUGCAGGCCGAGGAGCGGUUGCGGAACGCGCUGACUCCCCGCUACAGCGUCCUCAUCAGCCGCAUCUGUCGCCUGGAGGACGGCGUGAAAUUCAUCGUCGACCUGCGGGCCGACGUCCUGCAAUGCCUGAGAACGAAGCCUGCCGACUGCCCGCACAUCAGGGAAAUGAAUGGGAUAUUGAAGACACUGCUUUCAAAUUGGUUUUCUAUAGGAUUCUUGAAAUUAGAGCGUGUCACCUGGCAAUCCUCUUGUGAACUGCUGCAGAAGAUUAGUCAAUAUGAGGCAGUGCAUCCUGUCAGAAGCUGGACUGAUAUUAAACGUCGAGUUGGACCUUAUAGAAGGUGCUAUGUUUUCACACAUAGCGCUAUGCCGGGGGAACCUCUGGUAGUUCUACAUGUAGCACUAACGGAUGACAUCUCUAAAAAUAUACAGGCCAUUGUUGGACGAGAUCCUUCUCCUGAGAUGACUGAAGACAUUAACAAGAUCACCACAGCUAUCUUCUACUCCAUCAGUUCGACACAGCCGGGACUGCAAGAGGUAGAGCUUGGAAAUUACCUCAUCAAGCGAGUAGUAAAAGAGCUACAGGGUGAAUUUCCUCACAUGAAGCAGUUUUCCAGUCUGUCUCCUAUUCCUGGCUUCACAAAAUGGUUAGUUGGAAUCAUCAGUGACCAAAUGAAAGAAGGAACUACAAACCAAAUCCUUACACAAGGCGAAUGCAAAGAAAUCCAGGAAAUCAUUGGAGGCCCUGUGUUAGAAACACUUAAGAGUUUACUUAUCACCAAUGAGUGGGUGAAGUCUGAAAAACUUGUUCGAGUUCUUGAGCUGCCACUUAUGAGACUUUGUGCCUGGUACUUGUAUGGAGAAAAACGUCGUGGGGCUGCUCUUAAUCUAGUAGCUAACUUUCACCUUCAAAAUGGAGCUGUGAUGUGGCGAUUAAACUGGCUCGCUGACACAAGCCCUCGGGGCAUUUCGUCAUCCUCAGGAAUUAUGGCAAAUUAUCGCUAUUUCCUGGAAGAUACCAAUUAUAACAGUGUCCAGUAUUUGAGGACAAGACAUAUUGAAGCAUCUGAACAGGUUUUGAGUCUUGUAGCUCAGUUUCAGAAAAUUAGUAAGCUUUAGAGCUUUACAGGGCAAUGUACUUUUCUCCAAGAAAGGACAUAUUUUAAUCAGUUCAAUAUUCCUUAUUAGAGUUUGUAAUUGUGGAAAAGUCAUUGUGGUGCAGGCAAUUUUAAUUUGUUUGUUUUCUUGAUAGUAUACCAUUUAACGCAUGUACUGAUGACCCUAAAUAUUUAAUAAGAAUUAUAUUUAUUAUUGAUUGGUAUGGCUAACUGAAUUUUAGGUUAAUCAGUCACAUGAAAGAACUAGUUUUUGCUUCAAGAUUAAAGACAACGAACAAUCAAAAAAUGCUUUUGACGCACAGUUGGGUCAGCAUAUCCUACCCUGUUUACUAUGUACCCGUAUAUCUUUAAAACUUUGCAAAGACCAGUAGCUGAGAGGAAAGUAUCAUUAUUUUCUAUAGGGUUUCAAUUUAGUUCUUCACAGUUAAAAAGCUUUCAAUACUGACUGGCCAAUGUUCAGCAUUUUGCAACCUUUCAGCUGAUCAUUCAUUUAAACAGGGCCAUUUUCCACGUAGAAGCAUCUAUGAUGGUAACGGCACUCAAAUGCUUUUGUAUCCCACCACUGAAAAGACCAUCUCGGGGACAGUCUGCCAUUAUGAGUAAUUGCUUCAAAUAGCGAAUUGCUUGUCAGCCCACUAGGGUCAUCUUGCCCUUUUCAGUUAUUUGUGUUACAGCUCAGACUAGCUCUCCGCAUUCCAAACGUGCUCAUUGGCGGUUUCCAUAAAUGGAUCAGCUCCUCUCUGACCUCAAAUUUGCAUCCUUUUGUAUGUUGUUACUGGGAUAGCGUUUCAUAAUUACCCUUUUUAUCAUUGAAUUAUGUACUGGAGAUCAUAAAGGGUGUCCGACAUAUUGUCCUGUCCUUGAUGAAAGUUGGUAAAUCUUUGCACUCAAAAGCCAAAAAAAAAUGUUGAAAACUAGCAAUUUAACAUCUUGACUUACGGAAGAUAUCUCAGCUGUUCUGAUGAAACGAUGUCUAGAAUGUUAUUGACUCUUCCAGUAAACUUUGACUGAGUUUCUAAUUAAACAUUACUUGAUGAUUGCAGAAAUUUGGAUCCAGUCCUUACCCUAUAGUGCAUAAUAGAAGGCAAUUUGCCAUAUUAAUUCCAAAAAUACCAAACAAAAGUUUUGUGUAUUUUACUAUUGGUAUGGUUUAAGCAAAAUGUCAAAUAACAUAUAUUUGAAUUACGUUUAGUUUUUGGGGAAAAGAAACAGUAUACAUUAAGAAUAUCGUUAAACAAUUUGAGAGAAUUUGAAGCAAUGACAAUUAUCAAAACUAAUGAAAUCGGAAUACUACUUAAUUGAUAGCCUAAUUUUGGAAUUAGUACUUGCACCUUUACUGAUUCUCUGACUUGUUCUUGUGUGACUGCACAUUCCUGUUAGUUGGUGGAGGCCAGGUUUUGAGAACUCUCCCACUUAUAUCCCAUAAUUCUGUGGACGAGCUGUAAAAACCUUGCAGCAUAGCAAUCACCAUAGAAGCAAACUCCAGCAAACCUGUACCUGAAACAAAGCAAACAUAGUGCCUUAUGCCACACUCAUUUGCUUUCGGGUAUAGACAUCCAACACCCAGUAACUGGAUGAUUAAUAGUGUAAUCUAAAAGAAAAUGAGAGAAGUGUGAAUUUAAAUACAAAAAAAAUCAAGUUUUCAGAUCCUUCCAAUUAAGGAUAAUUGAAUGGACAUAGUUGAUUUCAUUCCUUUCUCCAUAAAACCUGACUAAAGCCAAUGAAGUGCUUUUGAAAAGGUAAUCAGAGGGCUUACAUAAAGUCUUUCUUUCAGUAUGUCUGUAAUUGUAACUUAUGAACCUUUAUAACAUCUAGUAAACAAGAACAAGUAAAAGUGCAUUGAUCCCCGUUGUUAACAAAGAUGAAAACUGAUUUGUUACCACCGACACCCAGCAAGAGUUCCAUCAGAGAACCUGAACAUUCUCGGCACUUCCCCCUCACAAACAAAACCGAGAAACCUCAGUGGAGAAUAGAAAAUGUAAUAUCCUAAUAUAUUAUGGCUAACAAAGCAAAUGUGUGGCAGUUUCCUUAUUUGUUUUGGCAUUAAUAUCAAUUUGAAAAUUGAUUUCAGCUGACUAAACUUCAAAUGUUUAAAGAACUGCUAAAUGAGCAAUAAAAAAUCUUCUAACUAUGGAAGAGACAAUGUGCACCUUAGGAAAACCCAUUUAGAAAAAUUGCAAUGAACAUACAUGACCCCUAGCAGAAUUGGGAGCAGUGAAACCAUUCAAUAACUAACUUAAAGGAACCUGUUGAACUGCAAUUAAUGGUCUCUAUUUAGUUUUAUUACCUUCAUUUGCUUUUAAUUAGAUUUUUAUCUGGAGGUUCUUUUAAAAAUGGUACUUCCAAACACUUACAGCUGAGUGCCAUUAAGUUUACUAGAAUCCCAACUAAUUCAACGAGGUCAAAAUCCACUAAAUGAAGAAAAUAAUUAAACAUAAUCUGCAGAUAAUGUAACAUUUAUGGAUGUAAUAAAAUGCAAUUUUAUAUUAAAAAUCUAAUGUUAUGUACAUCAACGUGUCAUUUUCUGAACUUUCUCUGAACACAGAUGUAAUCUGAUUAAAUUGCAGUAUU